AUGCCGUCUCGACGCUGUUUGGUUGCCCCGCAAAACACAUUUGUGGAACAUGUAUCCAAAUUGUGCUACACUCAAAAUAGCACAUUUCUCGUAGCCAACGCACGAAUAUUCGACAAUCCCAUCGUCUAUGUGAGCGAUUGUUUCUGCGAAUUAACCGGUUUCAGCAAAUUCGAGCUGCUACAAAAGAGUUCAUCCCUUACUUGGAUGCACGGAGAGCUAACAAGUGCCGAGUCGAUUCAUCGGUAUAAGCAAAUCCUCGAAAGUGGUGUGUCGGAUCAGGUAGAGAUGUUACUGUAUCGAAAAUCCGCCAAGCCGACGUGGUUGUCGUUGCGAGUGGUCCCGAUCAAAAGUGAGAAGAGCAGCAUCAUCCUACUGCUCAUCAUCGUCAAGGAUGUCACCAUCCUCAAACAACAUGUCGAAACUGAUAACGCUAACGCAGGUUUAAGCAAGCUAGCCCGCUUUGCCACACUGAUGACGCGUUUGAAAACCUUACAGCCACAACUCAGCGCAACAACAACAGCAAUAACGAUCGACAACAACAUAACUCCAAUCCCGACCUACAAGCAGGAACCGCCUGUAACACCUCCAAACAUCAUCCUUCAUUACAGCUUUUUCAAAACAACUUGGGAUUGGAUUAUCCUGAUUUUAACCGUGUAUACCUGUAUCCUGACACCCUACUCUGCCACAUUUUAUAACAGCCGAAAUCCCAAAAUGCUCGUAUUAACGAUCUUUGAUAACUUGAUUGACGUCAUUUUUGCCCUGGACAUACUUUUGACCUUUCACGUGACGUUGGUUGGACCGUCUGGUGAGGUCAUUUCCGAUUAUAAUAUUAUCAGGAAGACUUAUCUGAAGAGUUGGUUCAUUGUUGACCUAAUCGCCUGCCUGCCGUAUGACUUCAUUUCCGUUCUAUCAACCAAUGACGACUACAUAGACAUCGUAAACGAGUUGAGUCUAGCGAGGAUGUUACGAAUAUCGAGAGUGGCUCGGUAUUUGGACUCGUAUGUCGAAUACGGAGCUUCGGUACUCGUUUUACUCAUCGCCCUAUUCGUACUCGUUGCUCAUUGGUUCGCUUGUAUUUGGUAUAGUAUCGGUUAUAGCGAGUCCGUGAAAGGAAUGAAGAACAGUUGGUUACAGCUGCUAGGCGAAAGCAUCCACAUGAACUUCACCCUGGUAAACGUGUGGGCCGGCGGACCCGACGAAAUGAUGAGUUACAUGUCUGCAUUCUACUUUACACUAUCGAGUAUGACGACAAUCGGUUUCGGUAACAUCUCUGCUUCGACCGAUGCCGAAAAGAUAUUUGCAUGUACCAUGAUGAUAUUUGGAUCUCUGUUAUACGCCACUAUCUUUGGCAAUGUCGCGACAAUCAUACAGCAGAUGAAUUCAACAUCUGGCCGAUACCAUGAGAUGUUGAAGAACGUGAACGAGUUCAUGGCCCUGCAUGGCAUUCCUGAUGAGUUGAGCGAGCGAAUCAUCGACUUCAUCGUCUCCACCUGGUCCAUUACCAGAGGAAUUGACGCUGAAAAUGUACUCAGCUACUGUCCUGCCGACAUGCGGGCGGACAUCUGCGUGCAUUUGAACAGAAAAGUUUUCUUCGAGCAGUCGGCGUUCCGACUUGCAAGCGAGGGGUGUCUGAGAGCCCUGGCCAUCCACUUCAAACUGAGUCACUGGGCCCCAGGGAACAUGUUAUUCCAUCAGGGAGAGAGCCUCGAGUCCCUUUGUUUCAUCGCAUCCGGAACACUGGAAGUCGUGCAGGACGACGAGAUUGUCGCUGUCCUCAGUGCUGGGGACUCGCUCGGAGACAUAUUUUGGCGGGAAGAAACGAUCGGAUUGUGCAGCGCAAACGUCAGAGCACUGACGUACUGCAACCUGCACAUCAUCGAUAGGAAUUCGUUAUUGGAGGUCUUGAGAUUCUACCAAUCAUUCGCAAAUUCAUUCGCCAGGAACUUAAAACUCACCUACAAUCUCAGAAAGAGAGUGCGAAAUAUUGCUUUCAUUUAUUUAUUUCAUUUAAUUAUUAAAUAA